UUUUUUGUUUUUUUUAGUCUCUUCUGCAACUUCCCUCUCGCCUCACCCUUUCUCCUUGGACUUACUUGCUCGGAUAACCUCUCUUUCCCAGCCGGGGAUGAAGCGGUAGAUCCGCGCCGCCCUCGGAGCACCGAGACGCGGGACUCCUCUCCGUCUCUCUCUCUCUGUCGCCGCCUCCUCCUGCUGGAGCUGGAGAGAUGCCCGGGGCAGGAUGUGCUCCAGCCGCAAGAUCCUGUGGAGCCUGCUCCUGCUGUCCUUGGUGGAGGUGGGCCUGGGUGUGGCGAGCAUCGUCCUGGGAGCCGUGGGCAUCAGCUGGGUCCGGGGCGAGCGCAAGCCGCAGCAGGGCGACGCGUCUCCGGUGUGGAGUGGACUCUGUUUCCUGGUCUGUGGGAUGUGUGGAGUCCUGUGCGCUCGAAAGAGGACGGGUCUUAUCAUGAUCCUUUUUUCAGCGUGCUGCAUCUGUGGUCUGAUUGGUGGGAUCCUCAACUUCCAGUUUGUUCGGGCGCUGAAAGAACGGCACGACUCGCUGCACUUGGCUGCAAUGACGCUGGCCUGUCUGGGGAUCUCGUCCUGCACCUUAUCCACGUGGCUGACCUGCCGCCUGGCCAGCUCUGAGCAGCAGAGGAUGUUCCUGGAGAGGGAGCACUCGCUGCACCAUUCACAUGAGAUGACAGAGAAGGAGAUCCUGGACAACUCCAGUAACGGCAUCCCUCAGAUCUCCUACAACGGACACACAGCAUCGUCACCGUGACGACGUGGCACUGAAACAGAGACACUUACUGCUGUCAGACAGCAGAUACAGCUUGAGCUUCACUCCUCUACAUAUCCUGCAGCAUUUAACUGUGUCCUGACCGCAGGGAGUGAACCAGGCGACUCGCCUCGGAACCACUUUUGUCUGCCACUGGAGUCAGACGGACGGCAUGAGGAGGCCGUUUGUGCUUCUGAAUUAUUAUGCAAACACGGGUUCAGAGACCCUCUGCUAAACUGAAACCAAAGCCGGGAUGGUGAGCUGCCGUUUGGGUGACAAGUCAGGUGACGAAACGUCUCCGUGACGUCAGCCGAUCCUGAAGCUAAUGAGGACGAAGGAUAGAUGUUAUCCUCACAGAUCCCUCAAAGUGAUGAGCACAAACCAAGCAUGCAGCGGAUUCAUUUGUUUCGAAGAGCUACUGCUAUUUCAGUCUCAUUGUCCUUCUUCUCUUUCUCUCUGUCUUGUUAUUGGUUAAUGGAAUGCGGAUCCUGAGAUAAGCCUACAGUAAACUGUAUGUAUCAUGUGAUAAUGGAAUGCUUUGACAUGAAAAUACAGUGAUGCGCAAUAUACUGUACUGUAUAUCCAUGCUUGUAUAUCAGGUAUCUAUAAAUCAGACAUAUUUUUAUAAUGCUUCUUAUAAAGUGAAUUAAAGUAUGACUAAUCUGACAGAUGGA